UAUGGAUCAUUCAUUUUGGUUAAAAUUGAAAUGAAAUGUGUCCGAAUGAGUCUAGUCUCAGUCACCACCGCAAGUUCCUCCGAGCGCUUUCUCUAUCGCACUAUCUAUCAUUCUCAUGCUUUCUCCUUCCCUCUGCACCGCCGAUUUCAACCUCUUUCCUCCUCCGCCGUACUCCGUCGUCUUCCACCGUACCGCGCUACCUCCCCCGGUUCUCCGCUCCCACCUUCCGAUAACAAUUCAAGCAACCUUAAAGGAGCAGAUGUUGGUGCAUCUUUAUCCAAAAUUCAAGAUAGGAUACAGAUAUUCUUUGCUGUUCUUUUCUGGUUGUCUCUAUUCUUUUGGGCUUCUGCCUGGGAUGGGAGGAAUAGACCAAACAAGGGAUCAAGAUUUAGAUGAUAAAAUAAUUACUUUUGCUAUGCAAUUCAGUUUAGACAAGAACCUUGAAGAUGUUUAAUUUAAUGACUGUCUCUGCUCUUUACUGGAAGGACAAGUGGUUCCCUUCAUAGUGAAUGAUGUCUUUCCAUUCGGCUUAAACCAUGA